AUGGUAGUCACCCUCGACCACACGCCCACGCCCAACACGCCGGCCGCGCGCGCCGCACAGGCGCAGGAGGCGCGCGACGUCGCCGACUCGCUCGGCCUGCCCCCUCUCGUCCCUCACGGCGUGGACGAGGGCCGCCCCGUGCGCGUCAUCGUCAUCGGCGCGGGCUUCUCGGGUCUCGGCGCGGCAAUCUACCUCCCGCAGCAGAUCCGCAACCUCGACUUGCAAGUUUAUGACCGGGCCGAGGAUAUCGGUGGUGUCUGGAACAUCAACCGGUACAUGGGCGUGGCGUGCGACGUCCCCGCCGCAACAUACACGUACACGUUCGCGUCCAACUCGAAGUGGGACAAGUUCUACGCCGGCGGCGCCGAGAUCAAGACCUACCUCUCGCGCGUGGUGGAGCACUACAACCUCCGCCCGCUGAUCAAGCUGCAGCACGAAGUCGUCGAUGCGCGCUGGGACGGGACCAAGUGGAACGUCCAAAUCAAGAACCUCGUCUCUGGAAACAUCAUCAAGGACUCGGCCGACUUCAUCUACUACUCUCCCGGCCUGCUGUCGAACCCGAUCUGGCCCGACAUCCCCGGCCGCGAGAGCUACAAGGGUAUCCUGCGCCACUCGGGCAAGUGGGACGCAGCCAAGGAGGAAGAAGAGGGCAUGGACUGGAGCGACAAGCGCGUCGGCGUGAUCGGCGUCGGGAGCAGUGCCAUCCAAAUCAUCCCCGUCAUGCAGUCCAAGUGCCGCGAGCUCGUCUCCUUUGGCCGGUCGCGAACCUGGAUCAUUGGCACUUAUGGCGACUCCAUCCUGGCGAGCAAGGGCAUCGACCCCAGCAAGCAGUCCAACUACGCCUUCACGGACGCCGAGAAGGAGUACCUCGCCAACUUUGAGAACUACAAGGACUUCAGGAUGGUCGUGGAGCGCGAGAAGGGGUUGCAGCAUUUCCUCAUCCACCGCGACACGAAGGCGCAGAAUGGAUUCAGAGCGCUGAGCGAGGCCAAGAUGCGCUCCAAGCUCGAGGACAAGCCCGAGCUGGCCGACCGGCUCGUGCCCGACUUUGCUGUGGGGUGUAAGCGCCUCACGCCCGGUCCGGGAUAUCUCGAGGCGCUAGCCCAGCCCAACACGAGCUUCGUGACGGACGACCUGGAGUGUUUCACACCCACAGGUAUUCGCACAAAGAAGGGCGAAGAAUACGAGCUCGACGCAAUCAUCUGCGCAACAGGCUUCAAGGCGGAUGCGAAGCCGCGCUUCCCGAUCGUGAACGAAGUCACGGGCGACAAUCUCCAGGAUCUCUGGGACUACGAGCCCGUGAGCUACAUGAGUGUCGGCGCGCCGCGGAUGCCCAACUUCUUCACUGUGCUUGGUCCGCAGAGCCACGUCGGCACGGGAAACCUGCUGAUUAUCAUGGAGGCCGAGCUCGCUUAUGCCGCAAAGUGUAUCGCCAAGUGUCAGCGCGAGGGCAUUCGGUCCAUGACGCCCAAGGACUCCGCCAUCCAGGACUGGAUCCGAUACACGGACGCGUACUUCCCCAGCACCGAGUGCCCCAGUUGGUACAAGUCUGGCGGACACGGGACCAUCCGCACCCUCUGGCCCGGCAGUAGCCAGCACGCCGUUGCCGCGCUGCGUGAGCCGAGGUGGGAGGACUGGGACUACGAGCGCGACCCGCAAUACAAGCACAGCAUGAGCUGGCUCGGCGACGGGCAGAUCGCACCCCACUACGACCCCGCUUUCUACUUUGACGAGAUGCGGAGCAGGCACAAGGACAUCAUCCACAUCUAG